AUGAACAGGAUCCCCGGGAUCCGCAAGAUGUGCGAGAGGCUGCCACAUAAAUUACACUUUAAUUUUGGAGCAUUUUUGGCCACGGCUUAUAAAUCAACCGAGUUCCAGCAAACGCGCCGACGACGACAGCUGGUUGGUUCUCCGCCGGAUUCUCUCCCUCCGGGAGACUCCGGGAGGCUCCUGGUCCUGCGGGCUCUUCCUCAUGGUGCUUGUUCCCCCCGCUCGCCCUUCGAUCCCUUCGCAGCUGAGGGCCAGGCCAGGCCAGGCCACUCGCAAUAUUGA